AUGCGACCGAUUCGACCCCGCAACACUACUCAGCCAAGGCCCCCCAUAUUUGUCAUCGCCGACCGAUCCUAUGGCGGCAACUCGCAGGAACGCCUAUGUGAUUCUCCUGACAGCAGCGCGCAGUCCUUGAGACUGACGUCAUUGAGCCGUGGCGGCUCUAGUUUUGUCGAGGCUGAGCGGCUUCAGGGCCGGUAUAGCCGUCAUCGAUCGAUUAAGGUUCCAACCAAUCGAGUAGAUUCGUCCUCGAUCGUCUACAGCGACAAGUGGCAGGUGACAGAGGUAGUCGAGUGGUCCGAUCUCAACCGGAGUCUGCACUCUUUGAUUAUGAGCCCAUGCGCCGCCUGCAAGAUCCUCCGUCGGCGGUGUGUGGACAGCUGUGUGCUCGCACCUUAUUUCCCGCCAACCGACCCACUCAAGUUCACCAUUGCCCAUCGGGUCUUUGGGGCUAGCAACAUUAUCAAACUACUGCAGGAGCUUCCCGAGCCUCAAAGGGCAGAUGCCGUGAGCAGCAUGGUGUACGAAGCCAACGCGAGACUACGCGACCCAGUUUACGGUUGUGCCGGCACCAUUUGCCAGCUUCAAAAACAAAUCAACGAGCUCCAAGCAGAGUUGGCUAAGGCGCAGGCCGAAAUCCUAAAUUUCCAAUGCCAGAAUGCAACUUUGCUCGAGUUGAUAUUCUCCGAUAAGAAUCAUCAUGUGAUAACCGAAAAUCGUCAAAUCCAGGAACUCUCGCCACAAGAACCGAUUUUCGCGCCAUACAUAGAAAAUUCGACUCUUUUCUUGGACGAGAGCGUUUUGGGAGUCGCGUGGGAGCCGCUUUGGACAUAGGUCUAAUUAACUUCAUUUUAUGUUUAAUUUUACAUUGAAAUAAAAAUAUGUACUCUUGGAAAAAGGAUUUGACAAUAGAUAUAGUGAUGUUUAAUUGUUUUUUCUACAACUGAGAAUAUAGCUAAUUCAAGAUCGAGAGACAUGUUUAUGUACUUGCGGUUACGGAGAAAUUAUGUAACUAGACAUGAUGAGCAUAUAUUUGCGUCAUUCAUAUGUAAUCUUCCAAAGGAAAAAAGGAAAAUUAAAGGUCAUUGGAAUUAAAACUUUUCCAUCUUCUUUUGGGCGAC